UCCAACCUGGGCGAUAGAGUGAGACUCUGUCUCACAACAACAACAACAACAAAAUUGAGAUGUGCCUCUGCUAAUUCGUAACAACUGCAUGAAUUGCUUUUACUUUCAAUUUCAGCUUUAUUGCACCAUCCCAUUCGUGGAAAUGACUAGCUUCCUCAGCUCUCUCUCUUUUUCUCCUUUAUAAAGGAGGGACACAAAAGAAAAGUGGAAAGAGGAACGAGAGCAAGGGGGUACUGAAAGGCAACUGAAGACUCAAAACUUGGACCUGUGGUGCUGAAGAGCAGGCUCAUCUAGGUGAUGCUCCUUGGACAAGGCCGUAUAAGUAGUGAAUGAUAGAGCUGGUAUUUUUGAUGGCAUUAGAAGCAUCUUGAAUAUUUCACAUAUAAAUACAAAAUUCAGGGAAGGGAAGUGAAAACUGGACUGCCACCUCCUCCAGACCACAACCAUGCCCUUGAGGUUGGCGGUUGCCAUGGAAUCUGGACCCAAAAUGUUGGCCCCCAUUUGCCUGGUGGAAAACAACAAUGACAAGCUGUUGGUGAACCAGCAAGCUAUACAGAUUCUUGACAAGAUUUCGCAGCCAGUGGUGGUGGUAGCCAUUGUUGGACUGUACCGUACAGGCAAAUCCUACUUGAUGAACCGUCUGGCAGGAGAGAAUCAUGGCUUCCCUCUGGGCUCCACGGUGCAGUCUGAAACCAAGGGCAUCUGGAUGUGGUGUGUGCCCCACCCCUCCAAGCCAAACCACACCCUGGUCCUUCUGGACACCGAGGGACUGGGCGAUGUGGAAAAGGGUGACCCUAAGAAUGACUUGAUCUUCGCAAUUCUGGCUGUGCUCCUGUGCAGCACCUUUGUCUACAACAGCAUGAGCACCAUCAACCACCAGGCCCUGAGCAGCUGCAGUAUCCUCCCUUAUGUGACAGAGCUCACAGAACUCAUUAAGGCAAAGUCUUACCCAAGGCCUGAUGGAGUAGAAGAUUCCACAGAGUUCGUGAGUUUCUUUCCAGACUUUAUUUGACUGCUGGAUCUACCUCUGAGUCAGUUGAAUGGUGACCCUAUCACAGAAGAUGAGUACCUGAAAAUGCCUCCCUAGAAGCUGAUUCAAGGUAUCAGCAGCAUCCAAUUUGCCCAGGAGUGCAUCAGGCAUUUCUUUCAAAACGGAAGUGCUGUCUUGACUGCCAACAUGACAAACCUUCUAGCCAAUAUCGAGAAGGUGUCAGAAAGCAACUGGAUCCCAAAUUCCAGGAACAACAACAUUUUCCGCUCUUACAUCUUCACGCGCAGAACCAAGACCCCUAGGGAGUGGGAAUCAGUCACUGGGAAUCGAGGUCUAGGAAUCCUGCAGUGACUCUACGAUGCCAUCAACAGUGGAGCGGUGCCUUGUCUGAGAAUGGUGAUAACUCUGGCCCAGCGUGAGAACUCAGCUGCCAUGCAGAGGGCAGCCGACUACUACAGCCAGCAGAUGGCCCAUGGAGCUCCCACAGACACGCUCCAGGACCCUGACGUGCAUGCCUGUGAGAGGGAAGCCAUUGGCCUCAUGGAGCACUCCUUCAAGGAUGGAAAAUCAGAAUUUGAAGAAGCUCUGUAAUUUGCCUUAGCCAAUAUCAUUGAAAUCACAAUGAAUAAGAAGGGGGAUUUCUUGUUGCAGAAUGAAGAGUCCUCUGUUCAAUACUGCCAGGCUAAACUCAAUGAGCUCUUAAAGGGCCUAAUGGAAAGUAUCUCAGCAGGAACUGUUCCUGGAGGCACAAGCCUACAUGAAACAAAGAAAAAGAUUGAACAGGACUAUUGGCAAGUUCCCAGGAAAGGAGGGCAAGAGGAAUAAGGGGAACAUGGGGAAGCAAAAGAGGUCUUCCAGAGGUUCCUGAGCUACAGGUGGUGGAGUAGAGAAUCCAUCUUGCAAUGGAUAAAAGCCCCACUGAUAGAGAAGGCAGCAGCAGUGGAUCGUCAAGUAUGAGCAGCUGAGAAGGAACAGGAGCUUUUAAAACAGAAAUUACGGGAGCAGCAGCAACAGAUGGAGGCUCAAGAGAAGAGUCUCAAGGAAAACAUAGCCCAGCUGAAGGAGAAGCUGCAGAUGGAGAGAGAACAGCUACUGAGAGAGCAGAAUAUGAUGCUGGAGCACAAGCUGGGGCUGUAA